GAAGGAUUCGGCUAUGAUGAGCAGCUGAGAGUGAAUUAGGGAAUCGGGCUUUGCUCACUACUGCAAUCCAGGUGUGGCAGCAGCUGGCUGCAUCCCGGAGCUGGCCAUGUUUAAGGCCAUCCUUGUGAUCUGUUUAUAAGCUGGCCGUAGGAAGGGAGGUGAGGGACAUACUGUUUGAGGGAGUGCCUUUUGGUAGUCCACAAUGUUUCCCUUAAAGGAUGCAGAGCUAGGCGCAUUCACUUUCUUUGCCUCAGCUCUUCCAAAUGAUGUCUGUGGGAGUAACGGCUUGCCUUUGACACCAAACUCCAUAAAAAUCCUGGGACGUUUUCAAAUUCUGAAGACAAUUACACACCCCAGACUUUGCCAGUAUGUGGAUAUUUCUCGUGGAAAACAUGAGAGGCUGGUGGUGGUUGCUGAACACUGUGAAAGAAGUCUGGAAGAUUUGCUUCGAGACAGGAAACCAGUGAGCUCUUUUAGGAUUUUGUGUAUCGCUUUUGAAAUAUUGGAGGGGUUGCAGUACAUGAACAAACAUGGAAUAGUCCACCGGGCCCUUUCGCUUCACAAUAUCAUGAUGGAUCAAGAGGGACAUGCCAAGUUGGCUAAAUUUGGCUUUUACCACAUGACAGCUUAUGGUGCUGAUGUUGAUUUUCCCAUAGGAUAUCCUUCAUACCUGGCACCGGAAGUGAUUGCCCAGGGAAUUAUGAAAUCCAGUGAUCAUACUCAAAGCGAAAAGCCUUUGCCUUCUGGCCCUAAAUCUGAUGUAUGGUCCCUUGGUAUUAUAUUAUUCGAGCUUUGUGUGGGCAGAAAGCUGUUCCAGAGUUUAGACGUAGCUGAAAGAUUAAAACUCCUGCUUAAUCUUGGAUGUGUGGAUGAUAUCAUAACAGUAUUGGCUGAGGAACACGGUUGUCUGGAGAUUAUCAAGGAAAUGCCAGAAAAUAUUUUAGCUCUGCUGAAGAAAUGCCUUACAUUCCAUCCUUCUAAGAGGCCUACUCCAGACCAGUUACUCAAAGACUCCGUGUUCAGUGAAAUCUCGUCUUUAUACCCACCUUUCCACAAACCCGCUAACCUUUUUUCAUCCACUCUGAGAUGUGCUGACUUAACUCUUCCUGAUGAUAUUAACCAGUUGUGUGAAGAUGCAAAUGCUGAUUACCUAGCAGAGAGAUCAAUUGAAGAAGUUUAUUAUCUCUGGUGCUUGGCUGGAGGAGACUUGGAAAAAGAGCUUGUCAACAAGGAAAUCAUUCAUUCAAAACCACCCAUCUGCACUCUCCCAAUUUUUCUGCUGGAGGAUGGAGAGAGCUUUGGCCAGGGACGAGACAGAAGCUUCCUUUUGGAUGACACAACAGUGACGCUUUCACUGUGCCAGCUAAGAAAUAGACUGAAAGAUGUUGGUGGGGAAGCAUUUUAUCCAUUGCUUGAAGAUGACCAGUCAAAUAUGCCCCAUUCAAACAGCAAUAAUGAGUUAUCUGCUGCUGCUAAUCUUCCUCUUAUUAUCCGAGAACGGGAUACAGAAUACCAACUCAACAGAAUAGUCCUUUUUGACAGGUUGCUAAAGGCCUAUCCAUACAAAAAAAAUCAAAUUUGGAAGGAAGCCAGAAUUGAUAUUCCUCCAUUAAUGAGAGGUUUAGUUUGGGCUGCCUUGCUUGGAGUAGAGGGUGCCAUUCAAGCAAAGUAUGAUGCCAUUGACAAGGACACUCCAAUUCCUACAGAUAGACAAAUUGAAGUUGACAUUCCUCGAUGUCAUCAGUAUGAUGAGUUGCUGUCAUCACCAGAAGGUCAUGCAAAAUUUAGACGGGUAUUGAAAGCUUGGGUGGUUUCCCAUCCUGAUCUUGUAUAUUGGCAAGGCCUAGAUUCUCUCUGUGCACCAUUCCUGUACUUGAAUUUUAACAACGAAGGCCUGGCCUAUGCCUGCAUGUCUGCAUUUAUUCCCAAAUACCUGUAUAACUUCUUUUUAAAAGACAACUCUCAUGUGAUUCAAGAAUACUUGACAGUGUUUUCCCAGAUGAUUGCAUUCCAUGACCCAGAGCUGAGCAACCAUCUCAAUGAAAUUGGCUUCAUUCCAGAUCUAUAUGCUAUUCCUUGGUUUCUCACAAUGUUUACACAUGUCUUCCCUUUGCACAAAAUCUUUCAUCUUUGGGAUACGCUACUACUCGGGAACUCUUCCUUCCCAUUUUGUAUUGGAGUGGCAAUUCUGCAGCAACUGAGGGAUCGGCUUCUUUCUAAUGGAUUCAAUGAAUGCAUUUUGCUCUUCUCUGAUCUACCAGAAAUUGACAUUGAACGAUGUGUCCAUGAAUCAAUCAACCUCUUUUGCUGGACCCCUAAGAGUGCCACAUACAGACAAUAUGCCCAGCAUCCUAAGCAAGCAAAUGAGUCCAACUACCCCAGAAGUUUAAUGUCCUGUUUGUCAUCAGACUAUCAAGAUGCACCCAGAAGUGAUCUGUCUAGAGACUCUAUCAAGUUGAAUGACCUGAAAUCGGAAGUUUCUCCACGGAUCUCAGCAGAAGAUUUGAUUGACCUGUGUGACUUGACGGGACCUAGCCAUUUCAAGACCCCGACAAAGAAAACAAAAUCUAGCAAGCCAAAGCUGCUUAUUGUUGACAUUCGGAACAGCGAGGAUUUCAAUCGAGGGCAUAUAUCAGGCAGCAUCAAUAUUCCAUUUGGAUCAGCAUUCACUGCAGAAGGGGAGUUCAUCCAGUGCCCUGCCACUGCCACACUUCAGAGCUUUAAAGGAAGAGUUGUUGUAGUUGUUGGAAAUGUGGCAAAGAACGCAGCCUCAUUCGCAGCUCAUCUUGUGAAAAUCAAGUAUCCAAGGGUUUGCAUUUUAGAUGGUGGCAUAAACAAACUCAAGCCAACGGGUCUGCUGACAGUUCCUUCUCCACAAAUAUGAGCAACUAAAUAUCCUGAGAACCUGAGGUGUCUAUCAGCUAUGUGAGAAAACUGUGAAGGUGUUACAGCACAUGUGUCAAUAAAAGCAACAGAUUAUUGGAGUCUUUCCAUGCUAGUUUUUCAGGAGAUUAAUUUUUAUUUUAUUUUUUUGGCAUAGAAGCUCCAGUGCUGGUUGGAUGGUAAUGUAAAUGCUCGUAGAGUGAAAAUGUGAACCUGUGUGAUUUCAGCGUACCAAUAAUCUUCCAGUCGAAUUUUGUCUGUCUAGCAGUUCAGCGGUAAUACACAUUUGGGUCAAUCAAUUUUGCAUUUUCAAACUAUUAAGCAGAAUUGCUCAACUUAUUGCAGAGGUAAUGUUUUGAGAAAGAAAUGCUGAAAAUAAUGGGACAUAAUCUUCACUUAAACAAGAAAUGCUAAAGUUUGCACAGGUCUCUCUCGGCUUGCACAGGUAGCAUUGGGUUAUUAGGCUUGCUGAUCUAUUUCUGGACACAAGGUGACAUUUUUAAUUUGAAUAGAAAAGCAAACUGAAGGUUAGUUCCAAAGUAUGCUAUCAAAUCCUUUCUCAAAAAUCUGUCCAUACAUCCUUUUAGAACUCAAUAGUGCUCUACUAGGAGGAGCCUUAAUUUCAUCCAUGUAACUCAAUAUGACACAUCCUGAGAUUUGAGGAAUGUAUUUUUGCAAGAACAGACUUCUGUCCUUACCUGAAAUGUGUGGAUUGUCUGCAUUUGGAAGCAGGCAUCACUGGCAUGUUGACACAGGAGAGAGGAACCAUGGAAAUUUUUUGAUCUCACAAUGAAAUUCCCUGCACUCUCACCAACAAAGGAAGUUGAAUGAAUGAAUUUUUUAAAUGAAUAUUUAAUUGUUAGUAAAUGUUUAACUACUUAGCAACAAACAGCAAAUGCCUGAAUUUUAAAAUAUUUCUGGUAUAUAUUAGGAAAAUUGACUGUUCUUUGACUUGUCUUUAUAUUUAGGAUCGUAGAAUAAGAUGGUUAACCGUGUUCACCAACCUGACACAAAAAGCAUUUCAUUUUGUACUGUUAUUUGUAAUCAUGUUGACAUUAAAACAUAAUUUUUGUGAGCUAAA